UGGCAGAUUCUGAGAGCUCCUGGCCACUUUGCCUCAGAUUCCCUGGGGCUGAGGCAGACUUUUGUCUUCUCCCAGACUCCUCCCCUUCCCAGAUGGCCCCUCCCAUUGCCCACUUUCUCUUUCAUUUCCCACUCUUAGCUCCAGCAGAGAGGUUUCUGGAAAGCGCAAGAAGCGCAAACUUCCUUCUGUCUGGGACAGCUCUGCGGGAGGGCCCCUGGCUGCCCACUAGCUCUCUGAGGACUGAAGUGACAGGUGGGCAGUGCUGCCGCCUGAGAGCCUGAGACAUUUCCGUGCCUGAUUUGCCAGGGGUGGUUUUCUCUGUGGGAGAACAAAAGCAGCUCAGGGGCAGCGCCUAUGGAUUCCAGUUCCAUGGAUUCCAGUUCCGAGGAGAAAGGUGCAGCCAUGGCCAUCCCCCCGCUGAAGCCCAGCGAGAAGUUCCACCUGUUUGUCAGUUACAGCAGCAUGGAUGCCACGUGGACACAUGGGCUCAUCGGCCGCCUGGAAGCCGACCACGCGGGGCUGCGGGUCUGCCUGCACGAGCGGGACUUCACCCCAGGCAGGAACAUCCUGGAGAACAUGGCUGAGUGCAUCCAUCAGAGCCAGAAGGUGCUGCUGGUGCUGAGCCAGGACUUUGUGCAGAGCAGGUGGUGCCUCCUCGAGGCCGACCUGUCACUCUUUGGCUACUGCCUGGAGAGGAAGCCGGUCAUCCCUGUCCUGCUGCGGCCCUGCCAGGUCCCGCUGCACCUCAGCCACCUGACCUACCUGGAGGCCAUGGACAGCCGUUUCUACAGCAAGGUGGUGCGGCUCCUGUGCACACCCAGCCACUGCAUGGCGCGAUCCCUGCCCGGCCCGCGCCCGGUCCCUUCUUUCUACAGCGGGAAGACCCUCCUGACCCUGAACUGUGUCAACAGGGACAGGCUGCCCUCUUGGAAGGUGGGGACCUUCAGCACCCUGAGCGUCCCAGACCCCUUGAAGGAGGUGUUGCCGGACCCCGAGGUGUACAAGCACGCUGUGGGCAUCCUGAAUGGGGUACAGUCCCCCAGGUCCUGCCUCCGGUAUCUGGGUUGCAGGAUCCUGCUCAGCAUCUUCCUCCUUCUUCUCUUCUUGUUGUUGAUCUUGCUCUUCGUGGUUUUCGGGCUCGAGCUCAUAAAACCGGGUCUGCGGUUCCUGCUAAUCACCACCAAUGUGUUCUGCUGCCUCCUCAGCAUAGUCUUAGCAGUUAACACUCUGUGCUGGUUCAGAAGGUUUUCUAGGAGGAAGAUGCAGGAGCUGGGCCUCAGGGUGGGGGAGGCCAACCUGCUGCUGGCGCCACACUCGGUGCUGAUGGGCUGCCAGACCCUGAACCAGCUGACCUUCGUGUUCGUGCAGCUGGAGGACUGCAGGCAGACCUUCCUCCAGGCCCCCGAGGGCGAGGCCCUGUUCCGGGAGGCCCUGCUGCAGUUCUCCUGUGCCUACGCGUGCUGCCUGGUACAGGCAGACUUCCCCCACUGCGUGGACACUGCGACCGCCCGGGGCCACCUGGAGCCCGGCCUGUGUUUCUGCCAGUACGUCUCUGUGCAGCUGGAGAGAGGUUAACCCCAUGUGGCGGUGGGAGGGCCUGUGGAAGGGCCUUGUGUGGACAUCCAGCCGCCCCGUGGCCGGUGCUGUGGACGUGGCCGCCGUGAGGCCUGGCUGGCGCGCUGCCUCUCACCUCUGGUUAGUUGUGCCAAGCAGGGCAGCCUGCACUGCCUGCUCUGAGGCCAGAGGUGACUGCUCUGUCCCGACAGACUGGGGAGGGGGACUUUGGUCAAACUACCUGAGAGACCCUUAGGGCUGGCCUGCACCUCUCUAGAUGUCCAGGGGCCAGAGCAGAAUGCAGCUCCUCCAGGCACCUGCCCCUCGUUCUGGGACACGGAGAUGAGAACAGGUCAAUCCCUAGGGACUUGGAAACACACACACACACACACACACACACACACACACACACACACUGCGCUCCAGCCUUCAGUGCUGAGAGCUUGCAGGGUGCUUGCCACAGCCAUCGUUGGCUGGAAAUGGGAGACCUCGGUUGUACUGGGCACGGUCAGAUUUGCGUCUGUGGCCGUUGAUUCCAGACCGGUGAGCCCUUUCUGCUCUGCAUGGCCCCAGGUCCUGAAAUAAAGACCCCAGCCUGUCUUCAUCCUCCCUUCUGGGGAGGGUGUGCGGGGGCUGCAGCAGCACCUCCCAGAACCGUGGCCAAGCAUGGCGGUGCAGCCUCCUCAUCCUCGCUGCUGCUGCCAGUCAUCCCACAGGAACAGGGCAGCAUCCCCGGGAGGUAACUAGGAACUGGUUCUGGACGUUGGGGACAAAGCAGGGAGCAGCAGCAGGCUGAGCCCUCCCUGAGCUGCGCCCCCCGGAGAGUGAGAUCCCCACACCUUACGCUUCACACCUCUCCCCAAGACCCCUCUCUGUUCUGGCCCAAGCACAGGCAGGACCUUGGAGGUGAUGGUUGGCCCCAGGGUAACAUGGGCAGGCUACCCUCUGUGAAAGAGCAGUUGGCAGGUGAUGACCUGCCAGACUUAAAGUCUGGUGCUGGGCAGAUUCCCUGGCAACCUGCGGAGCCUUGGGCGGGCCCUGGCCAGAUGCUACGCUGGUGAGAGUAGCUCAUUGGUUCUGUGGUUUCGCUGCCUGCUUGGCCCUAAACUGACCCUCACCCCCUCCCACAGGCCCAGGCCCAGGCCCAGGCAGUAGCUGCAGAGUCACAAAUGUAGUUCCUCGUUUAACGUCCCACUGCCCUGGGAGUGACCUUCCUGUAGGAUUGGGCAUGUGGACUCUCAGCGUGACACCGACAUGCGACCUGCCCAGUCCCACAGGCUCCUGCAGUUCUAGGGGGUGCUGAGCACUGUGGCACAGGCCUGGAGUCACCUCAUGAACCGGCCUCCUUCAGAUCACCCCCUCCAGAGUCCCAGGCUCCUCUUUCUUCCUGCAGCUCCUUCCCAGGCGCCUGGCAGGGGAGCCUGCUCUGUGACCUGACAAGCUGACGUGUGUCUCUGGGACAGCAACCUCGGUGAGGGGCUGUGAUGACUGACCUGAGAGGGGCUCCACCUCCUGGAUCCCAUCCCUGUGUCCCCAGGCCCGGCUCUAGUGAGUGUUUGCCUGAUGAAGAAGGGAAUGUAACCUUGAAAUGGCCUUGAGGACAUGGGCAUCUGAGGGUUACGCUUGUGAUUUACUGAGAAGGGCUGGAGGAUGUGACAGGAAGUGGGAAGCAGAGCGGGAGGCGGCCAGGGGAGGUCAGCUUGUAGAGGACCAACAGGUUGCACACAGUCUGAGCCAUUAAAGGAUGACCCCGAGGCCCUGGUUCCCCCUGUGCCACUGUCCCCAGCAUGGUCUCUCUCUUAGGCUCCAGGUCUCUUCUCAGAUGAAUACAUGGAAUCUCACAUUUUCCUUGAAAUCGUUCCCAUCAUCAUCAUCGGGGCCCUCGCCAGGGAGCCCAUGGACCUGGCACACACUGUAUGUGUAAGAAUUAUGUUUGACUUUUGGCAUUUUAUCUGACACGAUUAAAGCCUCACCAGCUGUUAUACCUUCUUCAAGAGACUCCUUUGGGCUGUGAGCUGGACUCAAGGUCCCGGAUACCACACCACGCACCUCACCGAUGAGACCCACAGUCAGCAAAUUGCGUGUCUCAGUGUUGACUCCUCUGAGGGCCACACCUGGGACAGGACUGUGGGCAGGUGGCUGACCUGGCUUGGGGUCCUGUGGGGCCAUGUCAUCCGGGUCACUCCUGCAGGCCAGCUGACAGAAGCCAGCUCGGGGUUCUACUCCAGGGCGCCUGACUUGUGAGUUUUUAGAAGAGGUUUCUGUUAAAUAUGAGCGUGAACAAAUGUAAAGGAUGCCUGGAGGCUGCAGGGACCCCUGGGUUUCAAACUGGAGCCUGACUCUGAUUGCAGGGGGCUUGGCAGGGCUCCCCACCCCACCCCCCCACUGCAAACUCUGACCCUGGUCACACUCAGGUCCGGCAGAGCGCCAGCAGGGACACUGCCUGCCCUCCGGAGAGACACUAGGGUGUCAUGCCACCGGUGACGGGUGACACGCACCAGAAAGGCAUCGAGCUCUGCUCUCUGCCUCCGGCGAGGCUCACCAGAAGUCAUGGGAGCCUUGCAAAUGCAUGUUUGCUACUGAAAACCUGUGAAACUCUUAAGAGGAUGUGGCAUCCACGACUUGUUUUAACUUGAAUUUUGUCUCAGGGAUCUUGGGGUUUGGUUUUAGGAUGCGAGAGAGCAUUUCAGUUUAAGAUCUGAUGAGACGGCGAGUUGCGUGCACAGCCGCAGAGGUUUUGUAAGAUAGGUUCGGCGGUCUGCAAAUUGCAGGGUCAGAGCACUCAGGAAGAUCAGGUCUGAGCAUUUAUGAUGAACAUUUAAAAUACUAGGGAAUCUAAUCGAUCAAGCUUGUCAAGACUGUAAUGUCUUAAAACUGUUAGAGAAAUUGAUUCUAUCGAGUAUCUGAGUUAGAAGAUUCAUUCAGAGUAAGUAAAGACAUACACGGACACAAAGGUUACUAGAUUUAUAAAGGAGCUUUUAAACUGAGCUUUAAAACUUGAGAAAAGCUGUUUUUAAAUUUAUAUUUAUAAAUUUUUAUAAUUGUAUAAAUUAAAAAAAUUUAAUGCAGCAACAAUACUUCUAGGAACUUGACCCUGAAGAUAAAUCUCCAAGAAUAAAAAAUAUAUAUGUGGCCCCAGCCAGGUCGGUCAGUUGGCUGGAGUGUUGUCCUGUACACCGAAAGGCUUUGGAUUCGAUUCCC